GUGCCUUUGGAGCGCUCCUGCAGUCCGGCUCCCUGCCCUCCCGGCGUACGCACCGUGUUUUGCGUCUCACCACGCGCCUCGGUAAAAUGGCUGUAUCUCACGGAGCCUCGUGCUGGUUUGAUCAGUUCCUCGCUCUCAGUCUCGCGCUGUAACAGAACCCCCUUCAAAUUCCGUGUCGGUGGAAAUCGUCCCCGGGAUUGUAUUUAUAUUUUUCCGUAGCCAACAAUUUCACGCGGAAAGGAGAGCGGGAACCGGAUUCUGUCCGGUUCUUGGGGGAAUGAGCCGAGAAGCGGGUAAAUUGUUAUAAAAUUGUAUUUAUAUUCAAUGCUAUUCAGUGUGUGAUUGUGACUGAGUCGCCGUGAAAGAGAGAGAGAGAGGGGGAUAUCAUGGCCGCUCAGGUCGCUAGCGCCGCCACUCUCAACACCAGUCCGCCUUCCGAGCUGAAAAAACCGGAUCGGGACCCGCAGGAGGAGCCGGUACCGGGGGAGAAGCAACAGGAAAAUAAGGAACCGGGAUCCGAGAGCGGAUCCCCGGGUCAGAAGGACCUGCAGGACGGGGCCGAUGCUGGAAAUGCGGGGGGAGGAGGGGAUCCUGAGAUGAAGAACGGCAACGGGAAUCCGUCCAGGGUGAAUAACAACAAUAAUCAGAAUGAUUCAGGGGCACCGGACGGGAAUAACCACCCGGGGAUGGCACAUCAGCACUCGUCGGCGUUUCCUCCACCUUCUUACGGUUACAGUCAGCAUUACGGCCGGCUCCCUUUUCAUCAACAUGGCGGACAACAAAGCCCUGGCAUGGCAGCGGCAGCGGGGUCGGCCGUGCAGCCGGGCGGCAUGAUGGACUCGUAUCAGCCCAACUCACAGGAGCACGCCUUCACCAACCACCAGUUCAACAACUACAGCCCGUUCCCAAACCGGACUCCGUACCCGGGCCCGGGCUACGCCAUGAACUCGCCGCGACACGGCCAGCCUCCGGCGGCUGGGGGGCAGCCAGCCAAGCAGCAGCCAGCGGGAGGAACUACAGCCAUGGCCGCUUCGUACAACACUCAGCGAUACAACGCCACUCCGACCCUCAACCAGCUGCUGACCUCUCCCAGCUCCAACCGGGGCUACCAGAACUACCCCAGCGGCGACUACAGCAACCAGGAAGGGGCGAGCAAGGGACCGGGUGACAUGGGCAGCGGGGGCCAGUACGGCGGGGGCCACCAGAGCUGGCAACAAAGGAGCCAUCACCCGCCGCCGGUAAGCCCGGGAAGCACCGGGCAGCCCUUAAGCAGAAAUCAGCCCUCUAGCCCGAUGGACCAGAUGGGGAAGAUGAGGCCCCAGCCUUACGGUGGCGCCAACCCUUACUCACAUCAGCAGCAGCAGCAGCAACAGCAACAGCAGCAGCAGCAGCAGGGGCCUCCUCCUGGGGCCCAACAGGGGGCCUCGUACCCGAACCAAGGGUAUGGGCCUCCCCCUUCGCAGAGGUACCCCAUGGGUAUGCAAGGCCGUGCCCAGGGCAGCAUGGGGGGCAUGCAGUACGGCCAGCAGAUGGGUUACGGGCAGCAGGGCCCUGGUAACUACGGCCAGCCCAGCCAGGGAGCCUACUACAGCCAGCAGGCCCAGCCACAGUCCUCGUACUCUCAGCCGCCACCGCAGGGCCAGCCUGGCCCUCAGGCCGCCUACUCCCAGCAGCCCAGCUACCCGCCGCCCGGCCAGCCGCCCUACCCCCAGCCGCAGGUGGCCCCGGCUCAGCCGCCAACGCAACCUGGUGGCCAGGCUCCACAGGGCACUCAGGGCCAGCCCGGCUACCCCCAGAGCCAGGGAGCCCCCCCACAGCAGCAGCAAACGCCCCCGCAGCAGCAAUCGCAAGCCACGCAGCAGCAGCAACCGCCUCCGACCUCUGCGGCCCCGUCCCAGCAGCCCCAAGGACACGGGCCGUCGCCUCAGGCCCCGCCAAUGCCGUAUUCACAGACCCCCCCUCAGCAGCAGCAGCAGCAGCCCCCGUCCCAGCAGCCCCAAGGACACGGGCCGUCGCCUCAGGCCCCGCCAAUGCCGUAUUCACAGACCCCCCCUCAGCAGCAGCAGCAGCAGCAGCAGCAGCAGUCACCCUACCAGCGCUUCCCCCCUCCUGCUCAGGAGCUGUCCCAGGACUCCUUCAGCUCCCAGUCUAGCGCCCCUCCUUCCAACCCACCCAUGGCUUCCAGUAAGAGCGGCACAGAGGAAAUCUCCAUGCAGGGCCGACCCUCGAGCCUCCCGGACCUUUCGGGCUCCAUCGACGACCUGCCCACGGGCACGGAGGGCGCGCUCAGCCCUGGUGUCAGUACCUCAGGCGUGUCGAGCAGUCAAGGCGAGCAGAGCAACCCAGCCCAGUCACCCUUCUCCCCCCACACGUCCCCCCACCUGCCCGGGAUCCGCGGACCCUCGCCGUCUCCCGUGGGCUCCCCUGCCAGCGUGUCGCAGCCUCGCUCGGGGCCUCUGUCCCCUGCUGCUGUCCCAGGGAACCAGAUGCCCCCGAGACCGCCGAGCGUCCAGUCGGAUGGAAUUCUGCACCCUUCCAUGAGCCAAUCGACCAUGGGCCAGGACAGAGGUUUUAUGCAGAGGAACCCCCAAAUACCUCCUUACGGGUCGCCCCAGUCUGGCUCAGCCUUAUCUCCUCGCCAGUCUUCAGGAGGCCAGAUGCAUCCUGCGAUGGGGUCGUACCAGCAGAACUCCAUGGGCAGCUAUGGUCCUCAGGGCGGCCAGUAUGGGCCUCAAGGUUACCCCCGGCAGCCGGGCUAUGGUGGCAUGCCCAACGCCAGCUACCCCGGCCCUGGCAUGGGUGGCUCCAUGAACCCCAUGUCUGGCCAGGGAGGGGGGGCGCCCUAUACAGGCAUGCCCCCGGGACGCAUGGGGCCCACACAGAUGGGGCCCACGCAGAUGGGGCCGGGGCAGAUGGGGCCCGGACAGAUGGGUGCACGUCCCUAUGGGCCCAACAUGGGGCCUAACAUGGCCCCCAACAUGGGGCCUGGCAUGGGCACCAUGUCACCUCAGGUGGGCUCUGGGAUGUGCCCUCCCUCAGGCGGCCUCAACAGGAAGCCCCCGGAGUCAGCUGCUGUGGCCAUGCAGCAUCCAUCCAGCAACUCCAUCCACAACAGGCCUCCUGGCUACCCCAACAUGUCACCGGGCAUGAUGGGUACAGGCUCCCCCUACGCCCCCCCUAUGAACAGCAUGGGAGGCAUGAUGAACCCGCAGGGAGCCCCCUAUCCCAUGGGCAGCAGUAUGCCCAACAACUCUGUGGGCAUGGCUCCCAGCCCGGAGUUUGGCCUUGACGUGAAAUUAAACCAGACCCAGAAGAUGAACAACAAAGCAGACGGGACUUCAAAGCCGGAAACAAAAUCCAAGAAGUCCAGCUCCUCCACUACCACCAAUGAAAAGAUCACCAAGCUGUAUGAGUUGGGCCCGGAACCCGAGCGGAAAGUGUGGGUGGACCGUUACCUGGCCUUCAUCGAGGAGAAGGCCAUGGGCAUGAACAACCUGCCUGCCGUGGGCCGCAAACCGCUGGACCUCUUCCGUCUUUACGUGUCAGUCAAGGAGAUCGGUGGCCUUACACAGGUCAAUAAAAACAAGAAGUGGCGAGAGCUGGCCACCAACCUGAGUGUGGGUACGUCCAGCAGCGCCGCCAGCUCGCUGAAGAAGCAGUACAUCCAGUGUCUGUAUGCCUUCGAGUGCAAGGUGGAGCGUGGCGAGGACCCGCCCCCGGACAUCUUUACCACUGACACCAAGAAGAACCAGGCUAAGAUCCAGCCCCCUUCCCCAGCGGGAUCCGGCUCCCUGCAGGGCCCCCAGACCCCCCAGUCCACCAGCAGCUCUAUGGCAGAGGGAGGAGACCUCAAGCCCCCAACUCCAGCCUCCACCCCGCUCAACCAGAUGCCCCCCAUGCCCGGAGUCAGGAGCAAUGUGGUAAGCUUGCAGGAUCCCUUCGCCGAUGGCAAUGACCCUGCCUUCCCUAGGCGGGCACCCAUGACGCCUAACCCAGGGUACCAGCCUGGCAUGAAUACUUCGGACAUGAUGGGCCGCAUGGGCCCAUAUGAGCCCAACAAGGACCCGUUUGGUGCCAUGCGGAAAGUGGGAGAGCAGUUUAUGCCCCCGGGACAGGGCCCCACGGGAGGCAUGGGGGAGCAGUACAGCCGGGGACCGCCCCCAGGGUCCAUGGGCAACAUGCCGAUGGGGCAGAGGCAGCAGUACCCCUACGGCCCCGGAUAUGACAGGAGACAGGAGCCUGGCAUGGGCCCCGAUGGUGCCAUGGGGCCCACGGCACCGCAGCCCAGCUUGAUGCCCCCCAACGCCGAUGCUGGGAUGUACUCUCCCAACCGGUACCCCCCACAGCAGCAGCGGCAUGAUUCCUAUGGUAAUCAGUACCCUGGCCAAGGUGCUCCCCCUGCUGGUCCGUAUCCCAAUCAGCAGCCUGGAAUGUACCCACAGCAGCAGGCAAACUACAAGAGGCCUGUGGAUGGCGCCUAUGGCCCCCCAGCAAAGCGCCAUGAGGGUGACAUGUACAAUGUUCCCUUCAGUGGCCAGCAGCAGCAGGCUCCACCCUCAUCUGGCCCCACCCCCCAACAGGACAUGUACAGCCAGUACGGCAGCACCUACCCUGGCGCGGAGCGGCGCCCGCCUGGGCCCCAGGGCCAGUUCCCCUUCCCCUUUGGGCGGGAUCGGGGUCCAGCGCCGGCUGGGCCAAACCCCCAGGCUCCCAUGCCCCCUCAGAUGAUGGGCAGCCCCAUGGCCUCUGGCCCAGACGGCCCCCAAGGCGGCAUGUGGCAGGGCCGCGGGGAGAUGGGCUACCCCGCCUUCCCCAACCGGCAAGGCGUGGCUCCCGGAGCAGCCGCCCAGGGCCCUGGCUAUCAUGGCAUGAACCGCUCUGAGGACGUGAUGCCAUCCGAGCAGCGCAUGAAUCACGAGGGCCAGUGGCCCGGCCACGUGGGUGCACGCCACCCGCCCUACGGGCCCUCAGGGGUGGGCCCACCCAUGACGCGGCCCCUGCAGCCCAACUAUCAGCCGGCACAGUCCAUGCAGAACCACAUCCCUGCAGCGUCCAGCCCGGCGCCGGGGCCCCGCCCCCUAGAGAGUCGCACCUCGCCCAGCAAGUCGCCCUACAUGCACGCCGGCAUCAAGAUGCAGAAAGCCGGCCCCCCUGUGCCAGCCUCGCACGUGCCCCAACCCCCCAUGCAGCCCCCGCUCAUCCGGCGCGACGUCAGCUUCCCUCCAGGCUCUGUGGAGGCCACGGUGCCCGUGAUGAAGCCCCGCCGGAGGCUAACCAUGAAGGACAUCGGAACUCCCGAGGCCUGGCGGGUGAUGAUGUCUCUGAAGUCGGGCUUGUUAGCGGAGAGCACUUGGGCCUUGGACACCAUUAACAUUCUGCUCUAUGAUGACAGCAGCAUCUCAACCUUCAGCCUCUGCCAGCUGCCUGGAUUCUUGGAACUGGUGGUGGAAUAUUUCCGACGUUGCCUCAUAGAGAUCUUCGGCAUCCUGAAGGAGUAUGAGGUAGGCGAUCUGGGUCAGAGGACUCUGCUGGACCCCAACGCCCUGGACCACGACCGGGAUGGCUCAGACGCGGAGGAGCCCGAGGUGGAGGACCCUGAAGAGGAUGAGGAUGACGAAGAGGAGGAGGAAGAAGAGCAGCAGCCCGCAACAGCGCCUUUGGCACCGGUGAAGGAGGAGGGCGAACGGGCGGAGGGGGACAAGAUGGAGCUGGAGGCACAGGAGGGCCAGAGCUUCUCGCCUUGCCAGGAGCCCACGCCACCGCCGGACAAACCAAAGCAGGCAAGCAAGUUUGAUAAGCUGCCCAUCAAGGUGGUGCGCAGGAAAGACCCCUUCGUGCUCGGCUGCUCCGGUAAGCUGCGCCGGCCACAGGCCUUUGACAGCGGCCUGCUGCACUGGAGCAUCGGAGGCGGCGACACCACCGAGCACAUCCAGACCCACUUUGAGGGCAGAACGAACCGGCUUCCAUCCCAGAAGUGGGCGGCAGCCCCGCAGGAAGCUGCUGAGAAGGAGAGGGCCCCUUCGCCAGCUGCAGAGCCGCAGGGGCUUCCUGCGGUGGAAGCUGGAGAUGUACCGCCUCUCCAGCCAGGCCCGGAGGCGGACGACGCGCCGGGGGCGGCAGAAAGCCGCCAGGAAGAUGGCAAGCUGCUCCAAGGUGCUGAGCCACCUCGGCCGGACCGCCGUGGGGUUGGGGUCUUGGAGGACGAGCCACACAGCAAGGACGAGACGCCACUCAGCACGCUGGCAGACUGGCAGGACUCGCUGGCCCGCCGCUGCAUCUGCGUCUCCAAUAUCGUGCGCAGUCUGUCCUUCGUGCCCGGCAACGACCUGGAGAUGUCCCGGCACCCAGGGCUGCUGCUUAUGCUGGGCCGCCUGCUGCUACUGCACCACCGGCACCCCGAGCGCAGGCAGGCGCCACUCACCUACGAGAAGGACGAGGACGGCGAGGACAGGGCCCAAGGCAAGCUGGACCAGUGGUGGUGGGACUGCCUGGAGCUGCUGCGUGAGAACUGCCUGGUCACACUGGCCAACAUCUCUGGCCAGUUGGAUCUCUCCAUCUACCCGGAGAGCAUCUGCUUACCCCUGCUGGACGGCCUGCUCCACUGGGCCGUGUGCCCGUCGGCUGAAGCCCAGGACCCUUUCCCUUCUCUGGGCAUGAACGGCUCGCUCUCCCCCCAGAGACUGGUCCUCGAGACCCUCAGCAAGCUCAGCAUCCAGGACAACAACGUCGACCUCAUUCUGGCCACGCCACCCUUCAGUCGGCUAGAGAAGCUCUACGGCUCACUGGUGCGGCUGGUGGGCGAGCGCAAGGUGCCUGUGUGCCGUGAGAUGGCCGUGGUGCUGCUGGCCAACCUAGCCCAGGGCGACAGCUUGGCGGCGCGCGCCAUCGCCGUGCAGAAGGGCAGCGUGGGAAACCUGCUGGGCUUCCUGGAGGACAGCCUGGCGGCGGCACAGUUCCAACAGAGCCAGAGUGCCCUGAUGCACAUGCAGGGCGCCCCCUUCGAGCCCAGCAGUGCGGACAUGAUGCGGCGGGCGGCGCGAGCGCUGCACGCCAUGGCGCGAGUCGAGGAGAACCACUCGGAGUUCACGCUGUACGAGUCGCGGCUGCUGGACCUCUCGGUGUCCCCACUCAUGAACUCGCUGGUGUCUCAUGUGAUCUGUGACGUACUCUAUCUGAUUGGCCAAUCAUGACAGUCGUGGGGUGCGGUGGCCCUGCCUCCCCCAGCCUCUGUCCCUGUACCCAUUUUUUUUCUCUCUUGUGUGUCUGAGCGUGAGUGGAGCAAACGUCGAGUGAAACUGUUUUUGUUUUAUUUUUAUUUAUGCAAAAACACCUCGGAUUCCACUGUCUGAAGUCCACCUUUGCCCCGUCUCCGCCCCCCCCCCCCCCCAACACUUAUCAAAGGAAGGACGUCACGAACCUGGAAUGGACGUUGUUUCAGCUGUUCAGCGAAUGGCGCCGUGAAAUUUAAUGCCGCAGAAAUGGAUGGGAACCCCUGGCCAGGAGUGUGCUGCCCUUUUUUUUUUUUUUUUUUUUUUUAAAGAAAGAAAAAGAUGGAGAAAAAAAUUUACAAAAACAAGACUGUAACCAAAGUUGCUGUAUCGUUUACAGUGAGUUUGGGGAUAACUGUGCCCUAGCUCUCCCCAGGGGGGAGCACGACCAGUACAAUUUUAUGGUUCAUAUUUGGAGGCUUAAAACAGACUUUUGGACUUUCUUGUGGUAUAAUUGCUGUAACUUGGACUCUAUAUUCUGCCCUACAUGAACCAGGUUAUCGGCUGUGAACAGACGUCUGUGCAGUAGAUUGUAGGACUUUUUUCUGUACUGUACACGUUAAAAAACAACUGUAAACAUACUGUAAUAAUACUGUUUCACACUGAGAAACGCUGGCUUGGCCGCAGAACUGUAGUUUUUAAGAAAUGUUUUUAGUUAACAUUGAAGAGAAAAAAGGCUUUCCCCCCAAAGUUUCGUGAACCUACAACACCCUGACCUCUUCUCUUUAACCCUUGAUUGUAUGGAUUGACCCUUAAAAAGAAUCACCUCUUAGGACUCGUUUUCAACUUAAGACGCAGCCUUGGCUGCUGUGUAUAUAUGACGUUGUACAAUAAUUACACUUUCUCCUCUCUCUCCCUCUCUCACCUUCUGAUGCUCUUCAUCCUUUUUAUCUAAGAAGAAUAAAAGAUUAAACACAAGUUGAACUCCUUGCAUCAAAUCCCACAGUGUGCUAAUUUAAACCUUAAUGCUCUCACACCGCCCUUUUACAUAGGGAUAUGCACAGCUUGAACAUAACCAUACUCGGAAAAUAAAAAUAAAAAGCUGCUGUCUUCUCCUGUGACCACAGCAGAUAACUUUUCCAGUUGAGAUGUGGAGAUCAGAGGGGAAAAAAAAAAAAAAAAAAAACAUACCAGGUUGCUUCACUUUGUACAACCUAACAAAAACCUCAUGGAGAAACAAAUUUUAGAUUUUUUUCCUUCAGUGAGAUGGAUCCUGCAUAUUUGUAUUUCAGACAAUGUAGCUAAAAACUCGAUGUAAAUUCCUCCUUUUCCUUUUUUGGCUUAAUGAAUCAUUUAUUCAGUAUGAAAUCUUUAUACUAUAUGUUCCACGUGUUAAGAAUAAAUGUACAUUAAAUCUUC